UAGAAUUGUUUUUUUAGCCCAAGUCAUUUCCUUUUUACAAAGAAAAAAAAGCUUACCGUAGUUGUAGACUCUUCUUCUUCGUCUUUCCCAAACUCCUUCAUCCAUGGUGAAUUAGCUCCUUCGUCUUCCUCUGUGGCCCUUCACCACCAUCACAUUUGCCGUCUCUAGCUUCUUCUUCUUAUUCCCUUCGUUUUAUCAAUUCCAAUUGCACGGAAACUAAAACUGUAGAGGUCAUUGACCUAGAUCUGGGACACAACAAUCUAUAAGAAACAGAAGAUGAAUCCUCAGACAAGUAUGGCUCUGCGUGAAGACGUCAUUCAAAGAACGGUCUAUGUGUCUGAUAUUGACCAACAGGUCACUGAGGAGCAGCUUGAUUGUUUGUUCAUCGGCUUUGGGCAGGUCUAUGUCUCUUCUACAAGUUCAUAUUUGUUUGUGGCUGAAUCUGAGCAUGAGAUGCGUGCGAGAACUAUCUACUACACUAACAUCGAUACUAAGGUCACUCAAACGGACAUAAAACUCGUCUUUGAGGCUGCGUGUGGAGAGGUAUACCGUCUGAGGCUUCUGGGAGAUUAUCAUCAUCCCCAACUAGAAUCGGUUUCUUUGAGUUUGUCAUGUAACUACUCUCAAUUGCAGUUUGUCAUGGGUGAGCCAGUAUUGUUUCCUCUACUGUGAAUAUCCAACAGGGUGAAAAUGUGGCUUGGCUCUUCUUAGGUGUUGCCAAUACGAGUAUCAUUCUCCAUGAUGAUGAGUUCCUGAAGUACUUAAAAGAUCAUCAAGAGAACUUUAGGUUUGAGAGAAUGUAACUUAUAUUUACGUAUGUGAGAGCCGGAACUCGAAGCUUUCUUAGCUUAUUUCUUUUUUUCACUUUUAAUGUUUUGAUGUUGUGAAGGAAGUGUUGGAGAAAUACUUCUGUUAUCAUUACUGUCGACCAGAAGGUCCAUAUAUAUACAAGGUAUUAGACCGUCA